AAGAAAAAAGAAAAGAAAACGUAGUCAAUAGUCAUCGCCUUGGAGAAUUAUCCCGUGGAAUCAGGUUUCAGGGUCUCGCCACUGGGAACACAAAGAGCAUAUGCUCUUCCAAUGUGCCACCUAGCCCAAGUUGCCAUUUUAAAACCCCAAACCCAUAUUUUCUCCAUCUUCAAAAACCCAUAUUCAAUCUCCAAAAGCCUUCAAAUUCCAACCAAUUACUCUCUCACCGCUCGCUCCACUUCCAUGGGAACCCCCGAAGCCGUAGUCAAGAAAGAUGUGUAUUCGGUGUGGGCACUGCCCCCCGAAGACGUUACUGCUAGGGUCAAGAAGUUGAUGGAAGGUUUAAGAUCCGAGUUCGGCGGGCCACAGUUCGAGCCCCACGUCACGGUUGUUGGGGCCAUCAGCUUAACCGCUGAUGAUGCCUUGGCCAAGUUCAGGUCCUCUUGUGAUGGCCGCAAAGCUUAUAAUGCCACCGUCGAUCGUGUGGCUACCGGGACUUUCUUUUAUCAGUGCGUCUUUUUGUUGCUUCAUCCCACUCCUGAGGUGGUGGAAACUAGUGCUCAUUGUAGUAGCCAUUUUGGUUACAAGAGCUCAACACCAUACAUGCCACACUUAAGCCUCCUUUAUGCCGACCUCACAGAAGAAGAGAAGAAGAAAGCUCAAGAAAAAGCUAAUAUGCUGGAUGAAAGCAUCGGUAGCCUGAGCUUCCAGAUAAGUCGCCUUGCAUUGUAUAAAACAGAUACUGAGGACAAAACUCUCAAAUCCUGGGAGAAGGUUGCUGAAUGCAACCUUAGUCCCAACUAGCUUCUUACCCUUCUGCAGCUAAUGCAAAAAAUAGAACCUAAUAAGUCUCACCGUUUCAUUUUGCCUACAUCAAUAAUCAUAUAUCUAUGCUGGUUAUUGGUAAUUGUUACUAGUUACAAUGAUGAUGAUGCACUCUACAUGUUAUCUGUAACUAGUAUUUAAGGUUGUGUACCUUGAAAAACUGCUGCUAGCCAUUAAUAAAUAGGCAAUUAGUUAAGUCCACAACAAUUGCUGUAACUUUUUCUUAUGUUUUGUUUAAUGGGGUCAAUAAAAGUUUUGCUUAAAUCA